AUGGCUGACACUGCUGUUAUGGAACCAAUUGGUAUUGCCAAUCUACCUAAUCAAAAAUACAAACUUGUUUCAAGUGAAGGUGCCACGUUCACCAUUAUGCUUGCCGGCGAAUCUGGGUUGGGUAAGACCACCUUCAUAAAUACCCUAUUUCAAACAAGUUUGAAGAAUCAUCAAGAACUACGUAAUCGGUUCAACAAGCCAAUUAAGAAAACAGUUGAAAUAGACAUAAUCAGAGCAGAAUUGGAGGAGAAGAAUUUCAAGUUAAACUUGAAUGUUAUUGAUACCCCGGGUUUUGGUGAUAAUGUUGAUAACAAGAAUUCAUGGAAUCCAAUCAUUGAAUUCAUUGACGAUCAGCAUCAUUCCUACAUGAAACAAGAGUCACAACCAAAGAGAUUGAAGAUCAAUGACUUGAGAGUCCAUGCAUGCUUAUACUUUAUCAGACCAACAGGCCAUACACUUAAACCCUUGGAUAUUGAAACAAUGAAGAAACUGGGUACAAGGGUCAACCUAAUUCCGAUUAUAUCCAAGGCCGACACUUUAACACCAAACGAGAUGCUAGAGUUCAAGAAGAGAAUUAGAGAAAUCAUUGAGGUGCAAGGCAUUAGGAUCUAUUCUCCACCAAUGGAAUUGGAUGAUCAAGCUGCAAGUGAGCAUGCAAAACAACUAAUUGAAUCGAUGCCUUUCUCUAUAAUUGGAUCUGAAGAGCAAUUUGAUAUCAAUGGAACAACAGUUAUUGGUAGGAAAUACCCGUGGGGUGUUGUUGAGGUUGAGAAUGAUCAACAUUGUGAUUUCCGUAAAUUAAGAAGUUUAUUAUUGAGAACCAACAUGUUGGAUUUGAUUCUAUCAACUAACGAGAUCCAUUACGAAGCCUUUAGAAGUAAGAUGAUAAACAGUGGUGAUGAUUAUGAAGAUCUAAAGAAGAGCAGCGAUAAAUUGGCUGAGAAGAUUACCAAUAACCCCCAAUUCCUCGAAGAAGAAAAGAAGUUGAAGAGGUAUUUUGCUGAACAAUUAAGAAAUGAGGAUCAAAGGUUUAAGCAAUGGAAACAGAACAUCUAUACUGAAAAAAACAGACUCAACCAUGAUCUCGCCCAAUUACAAGCGCAAAUGAAGAAACUCGAGGAGGAGGUUAGAGUUCUACAAGAGAAACGAUCCAAGUAA